CCCUUAUCUAUGGUCAUGACUCAUGGGUUUUUGUAAACAAUGCGAGUGCCGAAUGUUUGAAUACGGGUUGUGUCAAUUAAAUUAAGUACAACGAUGUUUAGUGACGUGCGGUUAUGGCCCACUUUGUUUUAGUGUCACCUAUGUUUGUCAGUUAAAAAUUUUAAACUAUGGCUUGUUUAUUUAUGGUGGCUUUUUUAUUUGUAUUAUUAUUGUUAGUUUUGAAGAAAUUAUUAUGGAGACGUGGUCAUAAGUCCUUAGAAAACUUACACGUUGUUGUGACCGGUGGUUCGAGCGGUAUAGGCAAGAGCGUGGCUGUGGAGGCGGCGCGGAGAGGGGCUCACGUCACGCUCGUGGCCAGGGACGUGGAGAGGCUGGAGGCUGCCAAGGUCGAGGUCGUCAGGAGCUGCCUGCACCCCGAGAGACAGAAAGUGCAAUACGUAUCAUUGGAUGUCAGUGACAACUACGAAGCUAUCGAAAGAGCCUUGCUGUGUGCAGAAGAUGAUGUGGGACCUAUAUACAUGCUUGUCAACUGCGCUGGGACAGCAGUUUGUGGCAGACUGGAGGAUAUGACUGUCGCUGACAUCAAGAUGCUGGUGAGCCUCAACGUCCUGGGCACGGUGUACCCCACGCGGGCCGUCGUGCCGCUCAUGAAGCAGCGCAAGAGCGGCUGCGUGGUGCUGGUGGCGUCGGAGGCGGCCAUGCUGGGCGUCUACGGCCUCGGCGUGUACAGCGGCACCAAGUUCGCGGUGCGGGGGCUGGCCGAGGCCCUCCACAUGGAGGCAAAGCCAUACAAUGUGUCGGUGACGUUGUGUCUGCCUCCUGACACUGACACUCCGGGGUUCGCAGUUGAAGAGCAGAGCAAACCCAUCGAAACUAAACUAAUUUCUGAAUCCGGAGGUUUGGUGGCACCAGAAGUGGUUGCAAAACAAAUGGUCUCUGAUGCACUGAGAGGUAAGUUCUUCAGCACCGUUGGCUCAACGGGACUGAUGCUGAGACUGGUGUGUGCUGGUAUGUCGCCAGCCUCGUCCCUGGCAGAGGCUGUCAUGCAGGUAUGCUUCAUGGGACUGCUACGAAUUGUUUCGCUGGGGUAUCUUUUCUACUUCAAGCACAUCAUUUCAAAAUGUAUGAAGAAUCGGGAAAAGACUAAGAAAUUGGAAUGAUUGCUGGCAACGAUACAUAUCUUUCUUAUACAUUCCAGUUUUUUUUAGUAUUGUAUUUUAAUACUACAAAGAGCACAAUUUAAUGCAUUUGCUUUGUACUAAAACAUUGUGUGAUGUUUUGCCUUAUAGUGUGCUAAGAGUUUUAUCAAAUGAGUGUAAACGUCCUUUGCAAAAGUAAUUUUAAAGCAAAGUUAGGAGAUACCAAAGAAAUCAUACUGCUGUUGAGCACUCGACAUGAAACUGGGUCUUAGUACCUGGGAUGGUAAAUUAUGAUGUACAUUUAGGCUUGUAAAAUGUUCUGUACUGCAGCAGUAGAAAGUAUUUGAGUAAAGUAUUCAAAUAAGGUA